AUGAGCCAAUACCGGUGGGUAGCAAGCUGGUGUGCUGUGGCUAUGGCAAUGGUGGUGCCAUGGAAAAUGUUGGAGUGGGUAUGGUUCAAACCAAAAAGGCUUGAAAAAUUCCUAAGGCAGCAAGGUCUCACAGGCACCUCCUACAAGCUACUCUUUGGAGAUACAAAAGAGAUCAUGCAGACAACAAAGCUAGAGCCCAUGAAUCUUUCUGAUGAUAUCAUGCCUAGAGUGAUGCCCUUUGUUCAUAGGGCAAUUCAAACCUAUGGUAAGAUUUUCUUUGCAUGGUUGGGACCCAUACCAACAUUACAUAUCAUCAAUCCAGAGGUCGUAAGGGACGUCUUAUCCCGCAUGAAUGAAUUUCAAAAGCCUAGGAAAAACAAUCCAUAUAUUAAGAUACUAUCAACAGGUGUAAUAGAUUAUGAGGGAGAGAAAUGGUCUAAACAUAGAAAAAUCAUCAAUCCUGCUUUCCAUGCCGAGAAAUUAAAGUUGAUGGCACCGGCUAUGAACUUAAGUUGUUGUGAGAUGAUAAAGAGGUGGGAGACCUUGUUUUCGAAUGAACAAUCACUGGAGUUGGAUGUUUUUCCCCAUCUUCAAACAUUAUCUGGCGAUGUAAUUUCACGUACUGCAUUUGGUAGUAGUUAUGAGGAAGGUGUAAGGAUUUUUGACCUUCAGAAUGAAAAUGGGUCCAUACUUAUGCAUGUGAUACAAUCUUUAUACAUCCCUGGAUCAAGAUUCUUUCCAAACUCAAGGAGCAAAAGAAUGGAGGAGAUCGAUCAUGAAGUGAAGACUUUGAUAAAGGGUGUGAUCCAUAAACGAACAAUUGCAAUGGAAGCAGGACAAAGCAUGCACGAUGACUUAUUAGGCAUAUUGCUACAGUCGAACUACAAUGAGAUUCAGGAAACUGGAAACAAAAAAUUUGGAAUGAGCAUUGAUGAAAUCAUCGAAGAGUGUAAACUUUUCUACUUUGCAGGCCAUGAAACUGUGGGUAAUUUACUUGUAUGGACCAUGAUUUUAUUGAGCAGAUAUCCACAUUGGCAAGAGCUUGCAAGAGAAGAAGUUUUUCAAGUUUUUGCACAUAACCAACCAAAUAUUGAUGGACUGAGCCGCCUCAAAAUUGUAAAUAUGAUAUUGCUCGAGGUUCUAAGGUUGUACCCAGGAGUGACAGCAUUGUAUCGAAUGUGCAUCAAGGAAACCAAGGUAGCUGGCAUAAAUAUUCCUGAAGAAACACUGGUCAUAAUGCCGAUAUUAGCAUUGCACCAUGAUCAAGAAACAUGGGGCGAUGAUGCCAUGGAAUUCAACCCACAAAGAUUCUCUCAAGGUGUCUCCAAUGCAACAACUAGGGGACAACAUUCCUAUUUCCCAUUCGGUGGGGGACCUCGUAUAUGUAUUGGACAGAACUUUGCUAUGUUGGAAGCCAAAAUCGCAAUGGCUAUAAUUCUACAACGAUUUUCUUUCGUGCUGUCACCAUCUUAUUCACAUGCCCCUCAAUCUAUCAUCACUCUCCAACCUCAGUAUGGUGCUCACUUAAUUUUGAGGAAAGUAAACUUACCCAAGAGUGUGUAA